AUGGUACCUCCUCAUUUCUCUGUGGAACUACUCAUCCAGAAGGACCAUUACAUUGGAGCAAAAAUACAACCAAUAGUAACCCGCCUACCAAAAUCUACCACAAAUAAAAAGAAUCUGUGCAAGCAACAAUCGUCCGCUACAGCGACACCUCACGAAGAAAAGACGAAAAGUGCAAAAUGUCCCGAUCAUGAAUACACCCGGUUUCAAUGUAUUCACGGUGGAUAUAAAGAAAGUGAGGAAUGCCCAAUUGUUUUACGUUGCAAGGAACCACAAUCGAUCUCAAGAGAAGACGCUAAAAACCGAGAUCCAAUUUCUAUCGGAAUAGUGGCUGCUUCUUGUCGGCUUCCGGGUGGUGUCAAUGAUACAAUGGAGCUAUGGGAUCUUCUGAAAACCGGCAAAAACCCAUCUUCAAGAAUACCAGUAAAUCGCAUAAACACUAGAGAUGUGCUCAUCGAGGGUAAAAAGUAUGGGAGUUCAACUGAGGGUGGGAACUUUAUAUCUCAGGAUGUAUCCCAUUUUGAUCCUUCUUUUUUCGAUCUCUCCCUUGGUGAAGCAGAGACAAUUGAUCCUCAACAAAGAUUGCUUCUGGAGUGCAUACAUGAAUGCUUUGAAAACGCUGGAAUAACGGAACUGAGUGAGAUCGGUGUAUUCGUUGGUCUUAUGGAGAAGGAGUACGCCGAUCUAAUGGAGAGGGAUACAUCUAUUAACUCGUUACUGGGAUCAAUGUGUGCCGUAAUGGCUGGAAGAAUAAGUUAUGUGUUUGGUUGUCAUGGGCCUUCAAUAACUGUUGAUACAGCCUGUAGCUCAUCGCUUGUAGCUGCGGAACUUGCAAUAAACGCUUUGAAAAGUGGAAGAUGUUCUCGUGCAAUAGUCGCAGGAAUCAACCUUAUUUUAAGCGAAAAGGGGCAAGGAGUUAGGGCAAAUGGAAAAAUGCUAUCUCGACAUGGAAUGUCUUUGAGUUUCGAUGCUAGAGCAUCAGGAUACGGACGUUCAGAUGGGUGUGCUGUGCUCCUUCUGGAGAAAACGAAGGACGACUCUAACUAUUUGGGAAUAAUCAGUGAUAUCAAUGUCAAUCAUGGGGGGAGAGCUCCAUCUCUUACGACGCCAAAUCCUGUCGCCCACAAAAUGCUUCUCACUUCUUUGCUUCAGGGAUUUGAAACUCUCGACGUUCAAUAUUGGGAGGCGCAUGGAACCGGUACUGCUGUUGGCGAUCCAAUUGAGGCUAACGUGCUCUCCACAGUUUUUCAAAAUAUCCGUAUUGGUUCUAUGAAAACUGUGAUCGGGCAUGGAGAGGCUUCAGCAGGUGGCGCUGCAUUGAUCAAACUAGCCCUAAUGCUUGAGAAAAAAUACAUUCCUCCCGCUAUUCACUUUCAUGUUCUAAAUAAUCGAAUUCACUUGGGUAAUCUGACGAUUCCAAUUGUUGGUGAAGACGCCGAGCUGAACGUGUGUGGGAUGACAUCAUUUGGAAUUAGCGGAACUAACGCCGCCGCAAUUUUAAACGUUUCGAAAAAACCCAUCUCAAAGGCAGGCACUUUCAGAAAAUAUAGUCUUCUACUCAUUUCUGCUAAAGAAAGUACCUCUCUCAAUAUAAUGGUGAAAAAUGUUGAAAAUGUUCUAAUAAAUGGAGAGAGUAAGAUCGAUGAUGUAGUGGCUACUUUGGCCUCUCGUAAACAUCAUUAUUCUCACCGCUGUGCAGUGGUCACUGACAGGCGAGGUCGUGAAUUAUGUAAGAGUAUUGGUCGCAAAGUUGUAUUAGAAGACUCAAUGGGACCUGCUUUACUACUAUCAAACUGCAGACUUUCUUACGACCUGCUCCACUUCACUCCUGUGCUCGAUCAUUUCACUUCUCUAGACGAUAUUCUUAGCAAGGAUGACAAACUACUUAUUUCAUUUAUCUUAUUCAUGUCGAGGCUAUUUGAAAAAUUAGAGGUCUAUGCUGAUUCCGGGCGAGAACUUAUUGCUGCCCUAAUAGCUCUGUCCACAUUACCGCUGUCGCAAACAUCAGUUGAGCUGAUGGGGUUGUCGAGUGUUCAGGAUGUCGUUAUUGCUUUGGCAAAACUCAACAUUACUUCAGCAAAUAACGAAACAGUUCGUCGUGCAAUAAGAACGUCACGAUGUGGGGUGACAUGUUUGUUGCCUUCACACAGGAUUUGUUGUGAUAACAAUACCGUAGUUGGUUCCUACAAGAUUCUUGCCAUCUGCGCCCAGUUAUACACCAGUGGCUUCCCAUUCAACUUUUCACAUCUUUGUGAUCCAGAGGUUCAGUCUGUGAGAACACCUACAUAUCCAUUUAAUCGUAAAAGCGUAUGGUUCAAUGAAAAACUUAAUGUGUACGAACAUUAUCUUCUUGGAACAAUUAAAAGCAGCACACAUCUAUCCAUUACAUUUAAUAAUUACAUCGACGAAAUACGCCACCCUCAACUUUUUGGUACUCGACGUUUUGGAGUAGGCACUGCUCUAGAAAUUGCACACACUGCAUUAAUUCAGCGGAUUCAAGGAAAGAUUAUGAUAGAGGCGUUCCAUGUAGAUGCACAAAAAAUGAACGGACCAUGCCGGCUUGUAACGACAGUGAAGAAAUCGGGUGAAAAUUUCGAAGUCUUCGCGGAAGUUGAUUGCUCAAGAAUUUUCACAUGUAGGGCAUCAACUUUUGCUGAAUCAAUGUUAGGAAAUAGACCAGCAUGUCCUCCAAGAAACCCUAGAGGGUCGAUAACGUAUCUAACGUACAAUAAGUUCGUUCAAAACUCAAUAUUGACUAGUGAGAGAACUAUGACCAAAGCCAUCAUACAAUGUAAAUUUGAUAACUCGCCGUACAACGGUGUCCUAGAAUUGUCAUCGAAAAUGAGACCCGGCACGUUGCUGAACACAUUCAUCUUUUUCUCAACUUUACCUGCUAAAUGCGAGGUAGUAAAAGACACCAACGGAACAGAGAGUGGGAUUGAGGUGUGGAAAGACGGCAAACUGAAAAUGAUUGCAUUUGAAAAUGGAUAUUCUUCCUCGUUUUCAGUUUCUGGACGACCAUCUGAAAUUAUACAACACAGGUCCACUAGGAACAGGAACCAAGCAAUUCGACAAGAAAACGAGUUCAGGAAGGAAAAUCAUAUGCGUGAAGAAGAUAUUAGAAUCACAAGUGGAACAAGAUCGGUACCUUCCACCUGCAAAAAAAGUGAAUUCAUUGAAGCACCAAAGAAUACUGAAAACAUCUAUACCUCAAGACAGCAGAGAUUACAUCCUCUAAAACCACACCUUACCUCCUUUAAAGGAUACAACAGACAACAGAGAACUGACAUCAAGGAUGCUAAGACCACUUCUGCAGAUAUUCCCGAUCGAGAUAAUGUACUUUCGAUGGUCAUUAAGGCAACAGAAGAAACUGUUGCGCGACCUUUUCUUAUCAACAAGCAUUCUUUAACAAACGGAUUCAUGGAAUUGGGUUUGGACUCUUUGAAUGUUGUGCACUUCGUUAACCGUCUAAACGAGAAAUAUUUUCCGUAUCUUCAACUUUCGACAACAGACAUUUUCGACAAUCCGACUAUCGAGAAAUUAGCUGACCAUAUCCGAGAGAAGAAAGGCAGCAUGAAGCUUAAGAAAAGUCCGAGAGAAAGGAUACAGUCCCGAAAAUAUGAGAUCAUUACUAACAAUCAGCUUUCGACAGCAGACAGUUUUGACAAUCCUACUAUCGAGAAAUUAGCUGACCAUAUCCGAGAGAAGAAAGGCAGCAAGAAGACGCAGAACCGAAAACAAGGCAUUACUACUGACGAUGAUGUGCUUUCGAUUGUCAUAAGGGCAACACAAGAAACUGUUCCGCAGCCGCUUCUUGUCAACAAGCAUUCGUUAACAACCGGAUUCAUGGAAUUGGGUUUGGACUCUUUGAAUGUUGUGCACUUCGUUAACCGUCUAAACGAGAAAUAUUUUCCGUAUCUUCAACUUUCGACAACAGACAUUUUUGACAAUCCUACUAUCGAGAAAUUAGCUGACCAUAUCCGAGAGAAGAAAGGCAGCAUGAAGCUUAAAAAAGAAAAAGAACAUUUUGACAAUCCUACUAUCGAGAAAUUAGCUGACCAUAUCCGAGAGAAGAAAGGCAGCAAGAAGACGCAGAACCGAAAACAAGGCAUUACUACUGACGAUGAUGUGCUUUCGAUUGUCAUAAGGGCAACACAAGAAACUGUUCCGCAGCCGCUUCUUGUCAACAAGCAUUCGUUAACAACCGGAUUCAUGGAAUUGGGUUUGGACUCUUUGAAUGUUGUGCACUUCGUUAACCGUCUAAACGAGAAAUAUUUUCCGUAUCUUCAACUUUCGACAACAGACAUUUUUGACAAUCCUACUAUCGAGAAAUUAGCUGACCAUAUCCGAGAGAAGAAAGGCAGCAAGAAGACGCAGAACCGAAAACAAGGCAUUACUACUGACGAUGAUGUGCUUUCGAUUGUCAUAAGGGCAACACAAGAAACUGUUCCACAGCCGCUUCUUGUCAACAAGCAUUCGUUAACAACCGGAUUCAUAGAAUUGGGUUUGGACUCUUUGAAUGUUGUGCACUUCGUUAACCGUCUAAACGAGAAAUAUUUUCCGUAUCUUCAACUUUCGACAACAGACAUUUUUGACAAUCCUACUAUCGAGAAAUUAGCUGACCAUAUCCGAGAGAAGAAAGGCAGCAAGAAGACGCAGAACCGAAAACAAGGCAUUACUACUGACGAUGAUGUGCUUUCGAUUGUCAUAAGGGCAACACAAGAAACUGUUCCACAGCCGCUUCUUGUCAACAAGCAUUCGUUAACAACCGGAUUCAUGGAAUUGGGUUUGGACUCUUUGAAUGUUGUGCACUUCGUUAACCGUCUAAACGAGAAAUAUUUUCCGUAUCUUCAACUUUCGACAACAGACAUUUUUGACAAUCCGACUAUCGAGAAAUUAGCUGACCAUAUCCGAGAGAAGAAAGGCAGCGUGAAGCUUAAGAAAAGUCCGAGAGACAGGAUACAGUCCCGAAAAUAUGAGAUCAUUACUAACAAUCAGCUUUCGACAACAAGUAUCUUCGAAACUCCAACCAUCGAGAGAUUAGACGGUGGCUUACAGAAGAGGAGGAGGAAAAAAAGAACAGAAAUCAAUCAGUUAUCUUCUGAGCGUCUGCAGGAUGAUCCGCCUUUUGGUGCUGCUCUCGAGUUAGAAAACAGAGUUCUACCAAUCGAGCGGAGUUCAGUACAUCUGUUUGAAACAGGCAACUUUUCUGAGAAAGAGACGUUUAAUGUGUUUCCUUUGAAAUUGAAUGGAAUGUUCAAUGAGAUGGACUGUCAAAUCUUGAGAAAGCACCAUGUUUCUAAGGAGAAUUUAAUUCCUGGAGCUUAUCAGUUUUAUAUCCUACUAAAAUGGAUCAACAGUAACUCUGAACAGGGCACUUACUUUACCCUGACAAAUACUAGUCUUUCAAAUCCAUGGAAAUACGAAGAAGGGAACGAGUAUGAAUUGGUGCAAACCGACAAAAACGCUCUUCAUGUGAUUGUAAAUGGAGAAACUAAAUGUUCUAGUUGUGCUAGCUUCAAUGAGCACGUCGUUACUCCUGCUCUAGACAUAAUUUCCUUCCGAAAUGAAUGCAAAACAGACUGUAACAUGAAACAGUUCUACUCUAAAAUGGCUGCCAACGGUCUCGCUUACGAUGGUCAAUUUCAAGCGAUCAAGUCGCUGAAACGAAAUGAAACACGGAUAUUUGCAGUUCUAGACUACAAGAAGCCAUAUGCAGUGUGGACGCUAAUGGAUGCGGCGUUGCAUGCUAUUUGUCUAACUGUUGUGGAUCGUCGACCUGAUGUCUAUUUUCUCCCAAUCUAUGUACGCGAGAUUUACUUGGACCAUAACCUUAAUCCAUCACCAUCGCAGUCAAUAAUUGCGUUAGCUGAGAAAGUUAUGGAGAACGAGAAAUUUAUAGAGGCGGACGCAUGUAUUUUUGUAGAUGAUGUAUUAUUAUUUCAGUGUAGAAAGAAGCUUAGUCUAGUGCUUAACUCCUCGCAGAAAACAAAACACAUCGUUUCUGAAAAAUCUGAAGGCAGAAGGAAAGUCUUUCCAAGUAUUGGUUCAACUUUCUCUUCAAACCAUAAAAUGUCCCCAGAGGAGAAAUCUAUCUAUAUUUUGGGAUUCAACGGAAAAUUCUGCUUUUCCGCUUCUGAUAACAAAGAAUUCUGGCAGCAACUGAAAAUAGGGAUCAUAGGUGAGGAGUCAUUUACAAGAGAAUGCUCCCCGAGCAGUAACUACCUUAUGAAUAUGGACAUCACAAAGUGGGAUCCCGAAUUCUUUGGCAUUACUCCAAAGGAGGCCCCUCACAUCGAUGUUUUGCAGCGUCUUAUGAUGAUCUCAGUCAAGAACUGUUUGGAUAACGCCAAUUUGACGAAGGUACCAAAGAACACUGGAGUGUUUGUAGGACUGAGCGGAAGUGAUUUCACGAAUCGUGUAUACAGUGAGGUAGGAGAAAAAGCGAGCGGGUAUUAUAGCAGUGGGACAAAUGGAAGCUGUGUCGCAGGGAGGAUAGCUCAUUGGUUGAAGCUCGAAGGACCUGUCCUAGUUAUUGACACCGCUUGUUCUUCUUCUUUCACAGCAUUAGUCAACGCAGCUGAUGCUAUAGUUAAUCAAAAAUGCGACUACGCAAUUGUAGGGGGUAUCAACCUCAUCCUUCACGACACUGUUACUGAGGUAUUAAAGAAUGCAGGGAUGCUAUCAUCAAAAGGAGUAUGUCAAGUUUUCGAUGCCAACGCUGAUGGAUACAUUCGUUCCGAAGUCGUUGGUUGUAUCCUACUUUCUAGGUACGGUACUGACGCAAGGUUCAAAAUAGCCCGCUGGGCGAUAGGCCACAACGGGGAGGCAGCUUCUUUGCAGGUUCCGAACGGCAGCUCACAGGAACGAAUAAUGAAACAAAUUUGCGAAAAAGAAGUUGGUAAUGUGGAAUGCCACGGCACAGGCACUUCUUUAGGUGAUCCUAUUGAAAUUCAAGCAAUUGCCAGAGUACACGGUCAUGUGACAGUGUCAAGUGUGAAGAGCCAUGUUGGCCAUGCUGAGGGUGCGUCCGGUAUCGCUUCCCUAGUUUCCUGCUUAAUGCAGAUGGAAAACAACUACAGAAGCAACCAAGCACAUUUCAAAUGUCCCAAUCCUAAAAUUGACUUCAGCGAUGUAAAAGUGAACAUUGUUGGGGAGGAGAGUAGCUUGCCAAACUUUGCCAUAAAUAAUUUCGGGUUUAGUGGGACAAAUUGCUCCGUUCUGCUUCGUAGACAACCAUUUCGACAGUUCCUUCGCGCAGAACCUUGCAAGUAUUAUCUUGCUCCGAUAUCCGCCAAUGACAAGCAGUGCUUAUUGAAAAUGGUCCGCGAGUUGAAGGAGUUUGUGAAUUUAUCUGAUAACGACAUCGGCGAUAUUUGCACAACACUGCAAAAAGGUCGAACUACAUACAAAUAUCGGCACUGUAUACUCUUCAACUAUAAAAGGCAAGUUGUAUGGGAAUAUGGGCAAGCGAUACAAAGAUAUGAUCCUCCAAUUAUUCUAGAUCAAACUGAUUUUAUCUCAUUUGAAUAUGGCAAAGGAUUUUGUUUGCACUAUCUUCAUAGUAAGAAAAAUCACGAACGUUUAUGGAGUACUGCCGAGUUGGACACUUUUAAUAUGAUGAACUUACCGACAGCGUUAGAGCACCAUAAGCGCAUUGGAGUUCAAUACGUAAAAGGGAAUUUCAUUAAAUGGCCUCUACAUAACCUCGCGGAGAUCAACCAAACCACGAACAUUCCAGCAUAUUCCUUCAAAGAAGAUCGGUACUGGCCUUUCAACAAACAAUUCGCGCGUAAUUUUGGAGAGGUCGUCAGUCCUCCUAAGGAUAUCUACUUCGAAAAGAUCCUCUUUGAGGUAACAAAAGUUGAGCGGAAUAACGUUGCUGCAGUGGUGAAUUUAGGUAGAAAGACGGAUUUGCAGAAUUCCAGAUACUACUCGAUCUGUGCUUUAGAGUCUUCUAACCUAUUUGAUCAAGAGAUAAUUGUGCUAUAUCAUUGUCACCGUUCAUCAGUUAGCGAAGCGCUUAAAUUAAUGUCUUUAUGGCAACUACUUGCAACCCGACACAAUUUCGUCUUGAUUGUAGCAUGUCUUAGCAAUGGGACUUCCUAUACGGAAUGGACAGGGUUAUUACGCACAUUGGCAAGUGAGCAACAACUUCCAUAUAAAUUUGUAUCGUACACCGAACUCAAAGAUCUAAAUGCAGAGCUUUCGUAUGCGGACAUCUUCGAAUGUAUUUUUUAUAACAACUCUAAAAGAUAUGUGGAGCGUCUUUCAGCGGUAAAACCUAAGAGAAUUCCCUCCCCAACUGCAGGACAUUUGCUCAUCACAGGUGGAACAGGAGGCGUUGGAAGAAAAAUUAUAGAAUUGAUAAAACCAAACAAGGCGACCAUUGUUACCAGGUCAAGUGACAGCUUCGGCGGCGAGAACAUGUCGCAGACGGAGCUGUUGUUCCUCACUUCGGAUUUGCGCUCUUUGGAGCUUCCCAGAGACGAGCACUACGAUGUUGUAGUUCACUGUGCAGGAGUUGUAGACAAUUCACUUUUGGCUAACAUGAACCGACUGAAGUUCGAUAACGUUUGCCUUCCAAAGAGCUUGGGGUUGUCUGUUUUACAUGAGGCUAUGGCACUGAAAAAGCCGGCGAAGCUUAUAAUAGCCUCAUCUGCAGCGUGCAUUCUGGGAUCCGUUGGACAGGCGAACUACGCUUUCGCGAAUGGAAUGAUGACAUCCUUAGCCGAACAGUUCGACAUGUCAACACAAAUUAUUCACUGGGGACCUUGGAAAAAUGUUGGUCUGCUUCACGGUAGUUAUGCUGAAAAACUUAGUCGACAAUUAAGGAGUAGAGGAUGGAACUCUCUGGAACCUGCAGAUGCUUUGGAUGUCCUGAAUACAAAUGCAAAGAAUAUCUUGGUAUUUGACGGGGACUUCAAGCAUAUUUCUAGGACACAAAACCACUUGCAGAAAUUCCUCAGCAAGGUUGUCAAGCCGGAAGAAACUUGUUCGAACUCCCCUAAGAAUCGUUCAAAUCGCCAAAGAAAUCUUCGUAAAAACGAGAACGACCUGCAGCGUAUAAUAAAAGAAGUAAGCGGGAUAGGUGAUAUCGCAGAAAAAAGAUUUGUUCCGUUAAUGAAUCUUGGUGUAGACUCGCUUAUGCUUGAGGAAAUUCGAAAAACCAUCAACAAGGAACUUGGUUAUACAAUUACCUCAAGAGAAGUGUACGAUAACGGUACAUUUGAUGAAUUGUCUAAAAUUUUGGCGCAAGGUGAACCAAAAUCUCACAAGGCAGAAAACGCGGUGAGCAAUGCAGACCAAAGGAAAGAAAACCGCACGAAUACUUCAACUGCUGAGAAUAGCUUAAGUCAACAGAAAAGUCCUCGUAAAAACGAGACAGGUCUUCGGCGUAUAAUAAAAGAAAUAAGCGGCAUAGCUGAUAUUGAGGAAAAAAGAUUUGUUCCGUUAAUGAAUCUUGGCGUAGACUCGCUCAUGCUUGAGGAAAUUCGAAAAAAUAUCAGCAAGGAACUCGGCUAUAGAAUUACCUCAAGAGAAGUCUAUGAUAACUGCACAUUCGACGAACUGUCGAAAAUUAUGGCACGAGGUGAACUCACAUCCCAGAAGACGCAAAAAGCAGUAAACCACGCAAACCAUAGAGAACCAGAUGAUCAAAGCGCUGACAUAGCAAUUAUCGGCUACAGCGGUGCUUUCUCAGGUUGUGAGAGCGUUGAAGAACUUUGGAAAAACCUUCUUGCUGGGAAUGAGUGCAUUCAAAGGGCAAAAUCCAGAGAGGACGUUUUCGUAGACGCUGCGGGGAUAAUUCCCGACAUAGAUAAGUUCGAUUACAAGUUUUGGAACAUGACAGAAGACGACGCAUCAGCUCUCGACCCGCAAAUUCGAGUUUUCUUGCAAACUGCAUACCAUGCACUGGAAAAAUCAGGAUACAUCCGGAAGAGAAAUGACUUAAAGAUUGGCGUAUAUGCUGGCGCAGAACCAAGUGAGUAUGGAGACCCGAAUUCAGAAGCAGAAGGCAGCCUUCGUCGUUUAUUUGAAAUGAACAUGAAGGACUUCGUGUCCACUUUUACAGCCCACAUGCUCGAUCUCCGCGGACCAGCAGUAGGGAUCUAUUCUGCGUGUUCUACGUCACUGCUUGCUGUGACGCAAGCUUGCAAUUCUCUACGGCUCUCAGACGUGGAUAUUGCUAUUGCGGGUGCUGUUUCUUUGGUGCUUCCUAAUCAAACGCGCUACGAGUUCCAAGAAGGAUUAGUGUUGUCAAAAAGCGGGAAGUGUCGUCCGUUUGACAGAGGAGCCGACGGCAUUGUGAGAGGAUCAGCGGUAGGUUGCGUGGUCCUCAAGAUGUACAAUCAAGCCCUCCGAGAUAACGAUAACAUCGAAGCGGUGAUUCGUGGCUAUAGCAUGAAUAACGAUGGGGUACACAAAGCGAGUUUCAUGGCUCCAAAUAGCAGAGGAGAGUACGAGUGCAUGAAACAGGCACUAGCCUCUCUUCGGGCAGACGACGUGAACAGGAUCGGUUACAUUGAGUGCCACGGCACUGGCACUCGCGUUGGCGAUGAAAUCGAACUCGACGCUUUAAGGAAAGCGUACACAACAAACCCUGGUUUGAUCGUCGGCUCAGUCAAGGCCAAUAUCGGACAUGGAUUUGCCGGCAGCGGAAUGGCUGGGCUACUGAAAACAAUAAAAAUACUUCAAGAAAAAAGAAUUCCGCCGCAAAUAAACAUAAUUAAGCCACGAGAUGACCUUACAUUCACACUUAAUCUAAAACCCACUAAAUUAAAACCAAAUUCGUUGGCCGCUGUGAGUUCAUUCGGCAUUGGAGGGACAAACGUGCAUAUCGUGCUCGAGAACUCGGCACCUAUUCAUCCUGCUAAGGGAGUGGAGGGGCCAAUGGUCUAUAUACUUCCUAUUUCCGGCGCAACAGCAGACGCGUGCAUUGCUCAUUGCCGCGCCGUUUCAAAUUACAUCAAAGAUAAAUCGAAUGCAGAAUUGGAGAGAAUUGCGACCACUUUACAAUCCCGAAGAGAACACUUCAAGUACAGAGUUUCAAUUGCUGCCUCCUCAACAGCGGAAGCUGUUUCACGGCUGGAAGCAGUCUCUUCGCCAGUUCUUUCAAAUGACAUCGAUAAUUCUAACAUUUGCUUCUUUUUUGCUCCACAAGGAGUGCAGUAUCCGAAUAUGGAGAAAGUCUCUCUAAAUCGCGCCGCGGUAUUCACUGAAGAACUUGUCCGCUUGACCGGCGCUGCAUCGAAACUUUUCCAGGAAGAUUUCAUGAGUAUCAUGUAUCCAAGUGAUGCACACAAUGAUCAAAUUAUGAAUCCAAAGUAUGCUCAAGUUGCUCUAUUCAUUAUAUGCCAAGCGAUUUUAGCACAAUUGGAUAAGUGGGGUAUUUCGUCGGAUUUACUUCUCGGUCACAGCGUGGGAGAGUAUUCAGCUGCCUUCUACGCAGGAAUGAUGAGCGAGAGCACCUGCAUGAAUCUCUUGAAACAACGAGGGGAAUUGGUCUCCACAACAAACGAAGCUCGAAUGUUGGUGAUUUUCGGACAGGAGCUUAACCUCCCUGAUAAUGUUGAGGUUUCGGCAAUUUUAUCGCAAAAUCUGAGGUGUGUUGUUGGUAGCCCCGAUUCCAUAGCGUCGCUAGCUAGGCAGCUUGAUGCACAGCAAAUAUCCUACAGAGAACUCACCACAGAGAGGGGAUUCCAUUCCUCGAUGAUGGAUUGUCUAGAAGAAGAUUUUACUAAACUUCUGCGAAAUGUACAAUUUCUCGAUGGCCACAAGAAUAUUAUAUCAAAUAUUGAUGGAGAAAUAAUCACAAACUUAACAAGCAGUUAUUGUUGGAAUCACAUGCGGCAACCAGUAAACCUCAUGAAAUGCAUAGACACAGUCUUGUUGAAUAGUGAUAUAAAAAUAAUCGUUGAGGUCGGACCAUCUGGUGUUCUUAGGCAUCUCUUAACAGAAAGACGCUCGGACGUUCAAGUGAUUAGCACGGUCUUAGGAAGAAAUAAAGGACUAGAACUGUCCGCAAAUUCACAGCUCUUCCAAUGUGUUGCUGAUUUGUGGGCACAAGGACUAAACAUUGAUUUCAGUAAACAUUUCCCAUGUUCUGAGUUUGACCCUAACAUGCCGACGUACCCAUUUGAAAAAUUGGUUUGCUGGAGAGAAAAACUGAAGAACAAUGCGUUCAACUACUAUACUGCUAGUUGGACACCAAGAGCAAAAAUUGAUCAACAACUUGAACACCUUGAUAAGGAAGACGUGCUACUAAUUUCCAGUAAUCCCGACGAAUUUCUUAAAUUCGUCAGGGAGUUCCGGCAUGUCGAAUUUAAACAUCCUUCAGAAAUUCUGCAUAGUGACAUUGACGAUCCUGGGAGAUUUUCUCUUAUUAUUUACAUUCUCAGCAAUGACACAAGCGACUUCACUGUGCCUUUUCUGGUGUCACGAAGCAUCUGCUCAGCUACUGUAGCGCACAGGACACGAUUUAUUGCGAUUUCGUUAACAGGCGAACCAGUCCACUGGACCGUCCUUGGACCCAUUCGAGAGUACCAUUUGGGGAGAGAGAGAAAAAACGUUUUUGUUGAUAACUCAGAGAAGAUUCCCAUUCAACAAAUCAUUCAUUCUGCUCUCCACUUGAGAGAAGAGGUUCUAUUUGCCACAAAGAAUUCUCUACUAAGUAUGACUUAUACCGAAACACACUUUCCAGAUCAAAAAAUUCGAGUUGGUAAAACGGCUGCUGUUAUUGGUGGUAGAGGAGCCAUAGGUUCCACUUAUGUUGACGUUCUUCGGAAAACAACUGGGGUUAAGAACGUUGUGGUGCUCAGUAGGAUGCCAAGCAGGAAAGUAUGUAUACCUGGGGUUUCCUUCUAUGCACUGGACAUCAGUGACAAGAAUUCCGUGGAGACAACAAUGUCCGAGCUCUAUUCCAGAUACGGAGACCUCAACACAAUUGUUCAUUCAGCUGGAAAAACAACAUCGAUGUCGUUGAAAAAGUCUACUUCGGAAAUGCUUUCUGUUUUACUUCCAAAGAUUGGCGGUAUAACAAAUAUUCUGGAGUACCUGUGUCGUAAAAAUAUGAAUCUUGAAAAUCUUUUGAUGACGUCCUCAAUGAGCAGUUUCAUCGCCUUGCAAGGUACAGAAGACUACUCCGCAGCAAAUGUGUUUAUGGAUGCGUUAUCCUUAAAUGGACACCCUAACGUGCGCAGAAUUUUGUCAGUGCAGUGGCCGGCGUGGAAAAAUGCUGGCAUGGCUGCGACAAUUGAACAAAACGAUCUCAACGGAAUACUCAUGAGAACAUCUAUUUCCCCGCAAAUCGGUAAACAAAUUAUAAAAGAAACAUUAAGAAAAGAAGGGUUAAUCGUACACUCAUUGCUUCCACCUUUAUACAUACGUGAACUAGCGGAAAAAGCACAGCUUGCCGAGAAAGCUCCCAAUCUGCCGAAGGCUAUGAGUCGAAAUCUUUCACAAAGGGACAAAGUGGCCAAAAUUUGGAGCGAAGUGUUAGGCGCAGAAAUAUAUGACGACACGGACUUCUUCGAACACGGUGGAAAUUCAUUGAGUGCUCUAAGAGUAAUAUGGAGAGUCAAUGGACUGCUGAAUACAAACAUGACGGUGGACCGGCUCUUCGAACACACAUUGUUCAAGGAUUUUGUUAAGGCGCUUCCGUGUGAGAAUGUGCCCAGCAGCGCGGAGGUGUUCGAUAAGACUUCACCAGCCGAGUUAACCCAUUCCCAAGAAAAUAUGUUCUUAUUACAAGAAUUGGAACGCGGAGCAAAGUACAAUAUUCUAUUUACUAUUCAUUUUCGCGAAAAAGCGCCCACGUUUUCAAAGGAGAGGCUAAUUCACUCUGUACAUUCGCUCAUAGCUCGCCAACACUCUCUUCGUACUUGCUUCGUUCAGAAGCCAGGAUUUGCCCUCGCUCACCAGAUGGUGUUGUCACUUACUGAGUGCUUCCAGAAUGUUGAGUGGAAAAGCAUGAAGCCUCAGGAGUACGACCAAAUGAUAUGCGAAGAGAAAAAUUUCGAAUUCAAUUUAAAAGAAGUGCCUUUAAGAGUAAGAACGGGUCAAAUAGAUGGCGAUUAUGUAAUCGCAUUCAACCAGCACCACAUCCUAACAGAUGGAUGGUCAGUGACUGUCCUGGCAAACGAAUUAAAGCAGAUUUAUGCCUUAUAUUCUGAGUCAAAAAACGGAGGGUUGAAGCCUCUUCCAUACUCCUUGAGCCAAUACGCGCAUUGGCAGCGCCAGCAUGUUCAAUUUUCGAAGGAACUUGAAGAAUUGAAGAGAAUCUUAUCCGGACGAACAGCAACAACACUUCCAUAUAAGCUCGAAAAUCGGAAGUCAAAGGAAACUCAAGGCUCUUUUAGAAAGCUCAUUCAAAUACUUCCAGAACCUAUGGUAGUGCGUUUGAAGUCAAUGGCGAAAAUUAAUCGCACGACUGACUUUGUAGUUGUUCUUUCCGCAUUCCUUAUCAGUUUAAGAAGGCUGAAAGUCAACGGCGAAGACGAUUCUGUUGUCGUUGGAUGUCCUGUUGUGGGCCGUAACGAAAAGGUGAAGGAUCUUAUUGGCUACUUCCUGAACAACGCGAUUGUUUCAGCUUCAGUACGACUUGAAGACAAAUUAGAAGAUGUGAUUUUGCUCUUAAAAAAGAUGACCCCACAGCUGAAGAGAUUCGAGAACGUUCCAUUCCAUAAGCUUGUUGCGAAGUUAGGUAGCGAGCGUCAAUCAGAAUCUCAUCCCAUAUUCCAAAUAUUUUUCAAUUAUCGUCAACAACUCGACUUUCCUUCCGUGGACUUCUCGGAUGCAAUCGUGAAGAUCAACCAGCACUCUACAAACACGGUAUUUGACCUCUCGGUUUCUUUUGAUGAUACGCCAAAGGGAAUGAGGAUCAUGAUGGAGUACAACUCCUUCAAAUAUCGCACUGAAACUGUGCGCAUGUUAAUGAAUGCAUUACUAGGAAAUCUUAUUCCACAAAAUAAUUGCGCACCUACGAAACGGCAAAUUCGUUCAGAUUAUCCCGUUUGUGUGCUAUCCACAAAUAAUGACUUCUCCCAAGGAUCGAAUUGCAAGAGAACACGAACGUUAAGGAGAAAGAAUCUGCUGUCUCUAGGCCAUGGGAAAGUGCAUACAAAAAUCACCAAAAUAGCUGAAUGGGCGAAUGACUCAUGGUCAAAGCUCAACGGUUGUGCUAUUCGUAGCGACGACAUUUUUGCAGUGGAGAUGGAUUCAGGACGUGCUGUAGAAGUGAUCCUAGCCAUGCGACAUAUCGGUGCAGGAUAUGCACCCGUAGAUCCGACUUGGCCUCCUCUUAGAAAAGCGCAUAUAAUGGGAAACAUUCCGCUAACCUUUGCAAUUAAGGAUGCAAUUUUACCCUGUUUUUCUAAAACCGAUAGGAUGAGAAGAAGAAUGAAGUUCAAUCGAACAGCUAGUACUGAUAUUGCGUACGUAAUUCACACAAGUGGUUCUAGCGGAUCUCCUAAAGGUGUCGCAAUAAGCCAGAAAAAUGUGAGUUCGUUCCUUCACGGUGCUACGCGACAGAUCCUGAUGAAACCCGGACAUCGUGUUUCGCAUUCGGUGAACAUCGUGUUCGAUGUGAGCGUAUUUAAUAUAUUCGGGUCAUUGGUGAAUAAAUGCGAACUUUGUAUCCAUAGCGCUAUCAAAAACGCAGCCUUCGAAUUGGUGGAAAUGGAUUGCAACAUUGCAUUCCUUCCAUCUGCGAUUUUCAAUGCUCUACCCAUCCAGGACAUACAGAGAGUUUCUGUUCUGGAAAAGCUGGUUGUUGGAGGCGAAACAGUGAACGAUGGGGUUCUUGGCAACGCUCUUCAAUUAGGCUUGGACAUUACGCAGAUUUAUGGACCCACCGAAUGUACAGUGUGGUCUCUCACCAAUAGAUGUAAAAACUUACCAAGUGAAGGGUCUCUCAUUGGGAAGACAAUGGCGAAUGAAAUAUGUGGGAUAAAGGCUAGCACGUAUGAGGGGGAGCUGAUCAUUAGAGGAUCAAAGAUAGCUCGAGGGUACAUCGGCGACGUUGGUGAUAAUAGACGAUUUUCGUGUCAGAACACCACAUCGCCGAGCUACCUUACGGGAGAUAUGGUAAGGCGUGAAAAAGAGGGAUUUAUCUAUAGAGGACGCAUCGACAGGCAGUUAAAAUUUCUCGGACACAGGGUGGAACUGGAAGAGAUCGAACGCGCUAUUCUGUGCUCGUCUCCAGAAGUAUCAGAAGUGAGCGUCUUGCCUUUGAAGAGCUCGAUUGUUGCAUUCAUCGUUUCUAAGCACCCCAUACAAAGAAACACAAUGUGUGCAAGAUUGCACGAUAUUCUGCCGCCAUUCAUGAUACCAUCACGCUUCGUGCACAUUUCUAGCAUUCCCUUAAAUUCUUCCGGGAAGAUAGACAAGGAUUCACUUAUGAAGGAGUUCAACAGAAUUUAUAACAUGCAUUCAGAAAAGCCUGAGAGCAAAACGAGGACAUCUUCCAUUGAAGAUAGAUUGAUUUCUAUUAUAAGAAAAUUGAUUGAUGUAGCCGACGUGACGGUCGACAACAGUUUUUUUGCUCUCGGAGGACAUUCUCUUUUACUGUUCGACCUGAAGAGAGAAAUCUCCCAAGAGUUCGCCGUCAAUGUUGACGUACAUGAGCUAUUCAGUGAUCAGACUAUCUCUGAAUUAGCUGAGUUGAUUAGUAAUAAGAUGAGGGACGGGAGUUCCGACAUCGACACCUCAAUAAUUAUCAAACUUCGCGAAACACAUCGCGGUAAAUUGAAUGUCUAUUUAAUUCAUGCUGUAGGUGGUUCUAUAUUUCCGUAUCAUACGUUCCUCCACGUGCUACCUAAACAAAUCAACAUAUUUGCAAUCGAAUACAAAAUGGAUUUUGAAGCGACAUCUCUGAAGGAACUCGCAGCAUUUUAUUCAAAAGCGGUAGCUGCUCAUACAAGAGACGUUCCCUCAUUCCUAAUGGGUCACUCAAUGGGUGGAACAAUCGCUCGAGAGAUGGUUGAAGAAAUGAAAAUGUGGCGCAAAGAAGUGCCGUUUGUGGUCAUGUUCGACACAUGGAUGAUCCAGCCGGAGCUGGUCGACAUUGAAGCGGUGACGACUUUUGCUAAGGAAAUGUUCUCGUCCCUACCGGAUAGCGUGCAACGAGCUGAAAGAACUACCCGACUCGCAGAAAUGUUGAAGGAACAUAAAUUGUCCCUUUCAGCUACUAAGAUAUAUCUUUUCAAAAGUAUGGAGCUGACUGACACGCCACUACACAAAUUCAUUCGAUCGAAUCUUACUGAAACGAUGUCCCGAUCUAUAACGGCAAAUGGGCUGGACCAGUAUUCUGAGGUUCCCAUCAAAAUCUACCUGAUCGACGGAACUCAUGAGUCGUGUCUACGCUUGGAAAAUCUCAACGUUCACAAAGGAACACUUCUUUCAUUGUUUGAGAACUGGUUGUAA